AUGAAGGCGAGUAGUAUUUUAAUACGAUUCUGGUUCUACGCGUUGACGGUGAUAUUGACUGUGACGUCACUUGAGGAGAGAUUGCUUGUGAGUGACAAUGUUCUCCAGAACGAGAUUCAGGAACUGAGGUCAAAGGUCGUCACUUUGGAGCAGAAAGUGGCAACGCUGGAGUCUAAAUCAGCGUACCAAUCCAUUGUCUUCAUGAAUCAACUCAGCAAGUCUUUAAAUAACCCCGCUACUGGUCACAUCGUCGUGUUUGAUGACACCAUUACCAAUGUCGGGAAUGCGUACAGCAACGUCACUGGUGUUUUCCGGGCCCCAGUGGAUGGUAGCUAUAUGUUCUCCGUGAUUGCGACAGCUCCACCUAUACCCGGAAGCCACAGUCUGCACCUCAAUCUGAAAAGAAAUGGAGGCACAAUCGGUUAUUUAUUUCUGGACUCAAAUCAGGACUAUCAUCUGAAGAGAACAGAGGUGGUGGUCGUCACGCUGUCUAGAGGGGACGAAGUCUUCGUCCGGAUCGGUUCUGUGUCCGGUACACAUUCUCUAAUAGGAUGCUGCUACCAUACUCAUUUCUCUGGUUUUCUUAUUAAUUGAUUAAUUAUUAAGAAAU